UCUCUUCCUUAUCAAACACCGGAGUCCAUUUCCAUCCACUUGAUUGGCGUUUUGGUGAAUCGAGUGGGUGCGCUUUCUUGUGAUGGCGCAGUGUCACGACGCCCUAAUCCCGGGCCCGAAAGAAAGACCUGCGGGAGAAAGCAGCUGUCGAGUCCCAUUAUGAGGGGGACUUGGCAGCUUGUCGAGAUGCGGCCAGUCAGACGAGCUUCAAUGGGCCAAAAUCAUUAAGUUAACACGACCCCCCACCCCCACCCCCCACUAAUGUCUCCAUUGUGAGGGCACCUACACACACCCCACACUGUGUGUCUUACAGUGCACGGUUAUGACGCUCGCCCACUUUUAUUCUGCAAAAUGUGUGCACGGAAUUCCCAUGGUCGCAGGGCCUGCACUGUCCAGUCAGUCAGUGAGCCGCAUCCUGGACAUCCCGUGCAAAGUGUGCGGGGACCGCAGCUCGGGCAAGCACUACGGCGUCUACGCCUGCGACGGCUGCUCGGGCUUCUUCAAGAGGAGCAUUCGCCGAAACAGAACUUACGUGUGCAAGUCCGGUUCUCAGGGGGGGUGUCCUGUGGAUAAAACUCACAGAAACCAAUGCCGAGCGUGCCGCUUGAAAAAGUGUCUGGAAGUCAACAUGAAUAAAGACGCCGUCCAACACGAGCGAGGACCCCGAACAUCCACCAUCCGAAAACAGGUGGCCCUGUACUUCCGAGGUCAUAAAGAGGUGAACGGGUCCUCGACGCAUUUCCCGGGAUCCUCUCUGCCGGGCCCGCCCUUCUUCACCACGGUCACGCAACUGGAGCCUCACGGUUUGGACAUGAGUACGGUGGCCAGCACGCCAGAGAGGCAGGCCAUCGUGGGCCUGGCACAGCCCACCCCCAAGUACCCCCACGAAGUCAGCGCCACCCCCAUGUACCUGUACGAGGUGGCCACCGAGUCGGUGUGCGAGUCGGCGGCCCGCCUUCUCUUCAUGAGCAUCAAGUGGGCCAAAAGUGUGCCCGCCUUCUCCACGCUCCCCUUAUCUGACCAGUUGAUUUUGUUGGAGGAUGCGUGGAGGGAAUUGUUUGUCCUGGGCAUCGCGCAGUGGGCUAUCCCUGUGGACUCCACGACUCUACUUGCUGUUUCUGCAGGGAUGAACACCGAAAACACGGAAUCCCAGCGGAUGAACAAAAUCAUGUCCGAGAUCCAAGCGCUUCAAGAGGUGGUCACCAGGUUCCGACAGAUGCGGCUGGACGCCACGGAGUUCGCCUGUCUGAAAUGUAUCGUGACGUUCAAAGCCGUUCCCACGCAGGGCGGCGCAGAGUUAAGAAAUUUCCGCAACGCCAGCGCCAUUGCAGCGUUACAAGAUGAGGCACAGCUCACGCUCAACAGCUACAUACACACCAGGUACCCGACUCAACCGUGUCGUUUCGGCAAGCUGCUGCUGCUGCUGCCGUCUCUGCGAUCUGUCGGCCCUUCCACCAUCGAGGAGGUGUUCUUCAAGAAGACCAUCGGCAACGUGCCCAUCACCAGGCUCCUCUCUGACAUGUACAAAUCCAGCGACAUAUGACCUCACCGACCAAACCCGCCUGCUUGGAGAAAAAGAAAAGACUUGAAACACAGCCCCCCCCCCCCCCGCACUCGAGACCCACCCGGCAGGCUGUAGAGUUAGCAGAAGCACAUCUGUAUGAACAAAGACAAGUUCAUCAACUAGCCUGUUAACAGGGGCUCUAGUUAAAGGAUUAGUGUAACCACCAUAAUAGAUGUACCUAUAAAGAAGCACUGGCGUGGACAGAGGCGAGCUAUACAUGUAGAAAUACAGAUGACUAAAGACUGUGGGGAGCAGCUGCCAAGUGAUUUGACAAAGACGUUCUAUAUGAAAAUUGCAAGUGUCUGUGAGACCAAUGAGCUUGACGACCAAUUUAAUAGUUAAUUGCUGUGUUCAAUCCCAGUGGAGGAAACCAAAAAAAAGAAAAGAAAAAAAAAAAAAGAAGAGUAUUAGGUGAUGUAAAAUACAUCACCCCCUCCUCAUCUGGUGUCCGAAUCAAACACAUCCGGCAAUGGAGAGGAAAUGACUACUGUGGGAAAAGGAGGGGGGCUCUCAAUGGACAUGCAACUAAAGAUGGUGUGUGUAUCCAGACGGAACAUUAAAAUGUUUAGGUCAACUUAAAAGUUAGACACUAACAUGGAUUAAAAAAAUAAUAAUAUUCAGCACUUGGGAGCUGUUUUGUGGAAUAACAAGGUGGUUUUAUUUUGUUGUAAAUACUUGGAGUUAUAACUAUUUAGAGGUGAAACCAUAUGAAUAAAAGACACUGAAUUGA